UAUUGGGUUUCCAUUAACCAAAGCACAAAACUGUAGACUCGUUCUUUUUUCUCUCUCUACUGGUUAUCUUAGAUUUCUUCUCUCUCUAUCUAAAUUGGCUUCUUGAGAUUUCCGGCUUGCUUUCCCCUUGCGCUUGUAGCCCUAAUCUCCACAUCUCUCUCUCGUAAUUGUUAUUCCUAUACUCCAAGCUCUUGCAUUUGCAACCAUGGUGGUGCUUUGCUAAUGUCCUCAACCAUGAACAGCUCCAUUCCCAGCUUUUCAGAUGAUGGAUCUGAUGAAACCAGUAGAAUGAGGGCGAGGCCGAAGAGAAAAAAGAAGAAGUUUGAGUUCAGGACCAGGAACCAUCUCAUUACUCGAUUUCUUCAUUUUCUUUCAAGGUGGUGGAUUGUUCUGGUUUUUCUUCUCGCUAUAUUUGUUCUGGGAUUUGAGGUAUCGAGAAUUGGGAAGAAGAUAGGCGAUGACCCAAAGUUAAAGCCGAAACUAGAGCUGAAGCCAAAGCGUAAUAACCAUGGAUAUGGAAGGGAGAUUGAAUCCACAAGUAAUUUAGGUCGCCUUGAUAUGCCUACCAGAAUUGUUAAUGGAACUCGCGAGCCUUGCUUGAAGAUUUUGCCCUUGGAAGAAGUUCAACAUAUGGAGUUUCCAUCAGACACAGAAACGAAUUCUUUUGUCAAAAAAGUUGUAUAUAAAUCAGAUAAGAAUGAAGGCAUUCAGAACACACCAGCUCAACUGUAUAAGGAGGGCUCAAGAUUUAAUGCCUUCACUGGGUACCAAAGCCUACUUGAAAGAGAAAAGAGCUUUAAGGUAAAGGAAACUGUUAUGGUGCAAUGUGGUUUCUACAGUGAAAAUGGAGGGUUUGAAAUUUCUGAUGCUGACAAAGAUUUCAUGCAAAGUUGUAAAGCGGUUGUAUCUACUUGUGCAUUUGGAGGUGGAGAUGAUCUCUAUCAACCUAUUGGAAUGUCCCAAGCAUCCCUUAGAAAGGUCUGUUAUGUGGCAUUUUGGGAUGAGAUUACUCGUGCAACACAAGAAGCAGAAGGGAGAAGAAUUGGUGAAGACAAUAUGAUAGGAAAAUGGCGUGUAUUGGUUGUUAAAAAUCUUCCUUUUACUGAUCAACGGUUGAAUGGAAAAAUUCCCAAGAUGUUGAGCCAUCGCCUUUUCCCUCAGGCAAGAUAUUCAAUUUGGGUGGAUUCGAAAUCUCAGUUUCGGAGGGACCCUAUAGGUGUUCUUGAAGCACUUUUAUGGCGAACAAAUUAUUCUCUUGCAAUUUCAGAACAUGGAGCUAGAAGUUCCAUCUAUGAUGAGGGAAAGGCUGUUGUAAAGAAACACAAAGCAACCCCAGAAGAAGUAGAAUUGCAACUUGCUCAAUAUCGUCGUGAUGGAUUUCCUGAAUUCAAGAGGUUUCGUGGGAAGAAAGCUCUAGCUGAAGCUUCAGUAAUUGUGAGGGAGCACACCCCUCUCACCAAUCUACUGAUGUGUCACUGGUUCAAUGAGGUCAUUCGCUUCACCUCACGCGAUCAGCUCAGCUUCCCAUAUGUCCUUAGAAGAUUGAAUGCCCUUAAAAUCAACAUGUUCCCUGUCUGCACAAGGAAGGCUCUCGUGAACAGUGUAGGGCACAGGCGAAAAGUGAAGCCACUUGUGAUCUAGUUAGGGUUAAGAAACUGAUCCGGAAAACAGGCGAAAGUUGAAGCCACUUGUGAUCUAUAUAAGGUUAAGAAACUGAUCCAGAAAACAGGCGAAGGUGAAGUCACUUGUGAUCUAGUUAGGGUUAAGAAACUGAUCCGGAAAAAAGAAUGAUGUAGUCUGAGUUGGAGUUUAGACUGUUGAUUCUGUAGUGAUUCUUUGAUUGCCUUGCUGUAUAAAGAGCAUGGCUGAUUCUUUCCUGUAUUCUGCCACUGGAUUCAUUGUAUUUAUUCAUAUUUAAGAUCGGUUAUACAUGACAUGGUAGAAAGUUUUGUGAUUAUUCUUGGUUUUGUGA